UUUUUUAUUACGAUUCUAAAUGGUAUUGAGUCGACGGAGAACAUAUCUAGGAUGUUUAUCAUCACUGUAAGCUAUCGGUUUGGUGUCCGCUAGGCGCUUGGGCUGAGAGCUAAGCUAGUUAGCAUGCGUUGCCGUGUCGAGGCCCUGUCACAGCCUCGGUAUUUCCUGUGGAAACUUUCCGAAGGGAACGCGUUAGCCCGUGCUUGAUUGGUUUCUAAUGCUGUCUGAUGUUAGAAUUGAACCUUUAACAAGCUUUAUAGUCAUUGUAGCUUGCAAACAACAGGCUUGUGUACUGAAAUUCUAAACAGCUAGCAGGAUAUCACUUGUGUUUAUACAGUGAUAAUGUAAACAUGCUUGAUUCCGGGCUCUCAGAAUUAAUGUAGUGAUGUUUGUUUACAUAAUACACACAGGGUAGUCACGUUAUUAUUAUUAUUAUUAUUAUUAUUAUUAUUAUUAUUGUCAGCACUUCCUGUUUUUUCCUGUUGUGAAAGCAGAACAUUUUAAAUCCGAUAUUAUUAACUGAAGUUUAACUUGCAUUAGGUGUACGUGCACGCGCUGCAUGUUUGCGCGUGCUGCUGGAAGAUUAUAGUCAGUUAAUUGAAGCGCACACACCUUCAUUCUUUUCUCUUUUUUUAACGCAUUGAUUGCUUAACUGAACCCCAAGCAGACAUGCACAUGAUGUAAUCUCUCUCAGCUAUGCGGAGGAGAAUUAAAGUUUGCUCCAGACGCGACGCUGUUGUUCUCAUUACGCAAUGUUGUGGAGGUCGGAUCAAACCGCCCAUACAACCGAGACAAGUCCGGGCAUGUAAGCGCGCGAGACGCCGAUUCAGCACCGCGGCUCGUACACUAGCGUGCUAAACUGUAUCAAAAAAACACAACUUCCUGUUUUAUUCGAUUCACUUCGGUCGCCAUGGUUACCUAGUGCACUUUCACCCUUACGCACUAAGGAGCGUUCUGGAGGAUAGAUAGAUAAAUAAAUAAAUAAAAGAAAUCGAACCCGCGCGUGCGGCGCCAUGGUGACUUUGCUUCUACUGUAGUAAAGUUGAGCCCGGCUAUCACCAUGGUUACCGUGCGCGCGACAUCGCUUUUUCGCACUGAAUAGCCUUUUAAAGCAGAAUGAUAUGUGUCUGCUUUUUUUGUUUUAUAGUAAAUAUAGCAAGCAAGUGUGUUUGCGACAUUUGUACCGCGCAUGCGCGGAAAUGCGUCUACUUCUUUCUCAGAAGUAUGACGAAACGAUUUACGGUCAGUUUCGUUUAUGUAUAAUACUCCUGCUAUAAUACUACUAAUAACAACGCUAUAAUGUCAGCAAUUCCGCGCAUGCGCAGUAGUGACAUACUAGUUGGUAGGUUAGUAGGCAGGUUGAACAGUCAUGCUUGGACAUGUUGAAUCCUCCAACUCCACGCUACAGGCCCCGCCCUAAAAUACAUCAGGAGUCCCGUCAUGCUAGCCCUGACAUGUCUCUCUCUCUCUCUCUCUCUCUCUCUCUCUCUCUCUCAGCCCAUUUAAAUCUCCCUGUCCCACACUCAGACUUUCUCACUCAGCUGAGGCACUUUAUGUACAGAUGAAGAGUCUAUGUUAUCUAUAUAGAAGUUUAUUUAUUUGAUCCAGAUACUCACCAUGUCUACAGAGAAUUGUCUGAGCAGCUCACAGAUCAACAAGAUUGAUAAUGAGAAGCUGGUAAGACCCAAAGUGCAAUUGCAAACCCUGUUAAAAGAUGCAGGGGCAGAUAAGGACAUUUUCACCAUGAAGGAGGUUAUGUUCUACCUGGGCAAGUACAUCAUGAGCAAGGAGUUAUAUGACAAGCAGCAGCAGCACAUCGUGCACUGUGGAAACGACGCCCUCGGUGCUGUGCUCGGAGUGACCAGCUUCUCCGUCAAAGAACCACGAGCUUUGUUUGCAAUGAUUUCUAAAAAUCUCAUAGCAGUGAGAAUUCCAGAGUCUCAGUCAUCAUUUAGAGAACGUAGAGCUCUAGGUGAAGCUGACCGAGGGCCAGAGGAGACGAACCCGAGAUCAUCUACUUCCACACAGCAACAGCGCAGGAGACGACGGAGCAGUGAUCCUGCAAGCGUCACUGCUGAGGAGGAAUCCAGCGAGCCACGGAAGAGGCACAAGUCAGACAGCAUCUCCCUGACGUUUGACGACAGCCUGUCAUGGUGUGUGAUCGGAGGCCUGCGCAGAGAGAGAGGGAGCAGCGAGUCUUCGGUAUCUCACAGCAUUUCGGACGUAAGUAGAUCUCACAGUGGUGGGAGUGAUGAGAGUGACGAUUCAGACUCUGAUAACUUCAGUGUGGAGUUUGAAGUGGAGUCUAUCGAUUCAGAUGCCUACAGCGAGAACGAUGAAGACUCCGUACCGGGAGAAGACGAGGUUUAUGAAGUUACAAUCAUUGCAGAGGAUGAGGAUUCAUUUGAUGAAGAUACAGAGAUCACUGAGGAGGACUACUGGAAAUGUGCCGAGUGUGAAGAGCUGAACCCUCCGCUCCCACGCCACUGCAAAAGCUGCUGGAAGGUUCGUCCUGGAUGGCUUCCGGAGAUUAGCGCUGUAUCUGAGAACCCCACCGACGACACGCCCGACAACACGCAAACUGACACCACCUGUGUCAAAACGGACCUUGAAGCCAAAGCACCAUGCGCCGAAUCUCCUACUCCGACCCCCGACCCUGAUGACGGCGUGGACGUCCCGGACGGCAAGGUCUCGCGCUCUCAGAGUACUUCCUGCUCCGACUCUCAGGGCUCGUUCGUCUGCUACUCUCAGCCCUCCACCUCCUCCAGCCAGGAGGAAACCCCUGAGCUGGAGCGCACCACCAGCUUAAGCAGCACCGAGUCGUGUCUGCCCGCGUCCUGUCUGGAGCCCUGCGUCAUCUGCCAGAGCAGACCCAAGAACGGCUGCAUCGUCCACGGACGCACCGGACACCUCAUGGCCUGCUACACAUGUGCCAAGAAGCUGAAGAAGCGCAACAAGCUCUGCCCCGUGUGCCGAGAGCCCAUCCAGUCCGUCGUCCUUACUUACAUCAGCUGAGAAAGAACCGGAUCCACAAGCUGUUCAGUUACCUCACUGUCCUUUAGUCACAAGAAGAAACCGCGAGAUCCAUCUCUUGCUAACGUCAGUGAAGGGUUACUGAUUAAAUAUGUUGUUAGAAAGAGCAAAGAUUCUCCAUAUUUUAUUUUGUUUGUUUCGUUAUAGAAAAAUUGUUUACAAAUGUUCUAUUGAAAAGUGGUUUAACCUCAUAUCAAAUAUGUACAGAUUCAAUAUAAAUACACCUCUUAUGACACCUGGUAUGGAAAUUAAACACAAACAAGGAGCAAUGUUGAGGCAAGUCUCUCUCUCUCUCUCCCCCUCAUCUCUCUCUCUCUCUCUCUCUCUCUCUCUCUCUGCCCCCCCCCCCCACCUGAUUUGGUUCAAAUUUGCUCUCAAAUGUUGUUUUUUUUUUUUUUUUUUUUUUUUUUACUAUGUUGAUUAGGAAGGCUAGGUUUUUUCCCUUUCUGUAUUUUUCAAUAAUUAUUAUGAAUGCUUAUAGAUAAAAUGUAAAUUGUAUAAUAUUGUUUUCUUUUUUUUAAACCGUUUUCUAUUUAUAAAUGAAAAAAUAAAUGUAAAUUGUUUAUUUAUGAUCAUUUGACCCACGUGUGCUGGAGUUUCCUGUUCUGGGUGUUUUGUUUGGGUGAUGUGGAUUAAAGCAGAUAGAGUUUUCUACCUAAUGGUCACUGCAUUAUAUGAAGACGUCAGUAAGAUUAAGGGUGAGUCGUUUGUAUGAGUGAUUCAUCUUACACACCGUAUAUAUAUAUAUAUAUAUAUAUAUAUAUAUGAUUACUGACAUGUUUAAAUAUUUUAAUUUAUACUAGGUGAAUAUGGAGCAAUGUUUGAAGUGUGUUAUUUUUGGGUGCUCUGAAAUAUUUUA